ACCCACUCUCACUCCUGACUCACUCUCACACCUUCAAUUCUUUUCAUUCUUCUUUCUCUUAUUCGUAUCCUAUCAAACACUCACUCACUCACAUGGCUCUCCAAGCUCUCAACUCACCCACAGCAACCACUCCGUCUUUCCCUUUUCACGACUCAACCAUCCCAUGGGCAAAACGCAAGCGCUCCAAGCGUUCCCGCGACCACCCUUCCGAGGAAGAGUAUCUCGCUCUCUGCCUCAUCAUGCUCGCUCGUGGCGGCGCCGCCACCUCCACCGAUCCCACACCAACCCACCGCCACAUCACCGCUUCACCACCGCCACAACUACCCACCCCAGAUCCUUCCUCCAAGCUCACCUACAAAUGCUCUGUUUGUGACAAAACCUUUCCCUCUUACCAAGCUCUCGGAGGACACAAGGCCAGCCACCGUAAACUCGCCUUGCCCGACGACCAGCCCACCUCCUCUGGCAUCACCGCCACCAGCACCGUCAUUACCGCCGGAGGCGGUCGUGCCCACGAGUGCUCCAUCUGCCACAAGUCCUUCCCCACCGGACAGGCUCUCGGUGGACACAAACGUUGUCACUACGAAGGUAAUAACGGUAACGGAAACAGUGUGGUAACCGCCUCUGUGGGGUCCACUCACACCGUGAGUCACGGCCACCACCCCCACCACCGUGAUUUUGAUCUCAAUAUCCCGGCUUUUCCCGAAUUUUCAACGAAGGUAGGAGAAGACGAGGUCGAGAGCCCUCACCCUGUGAUGAAGAAGCAGCGUCUCUUUGUGAUUCCCAAAAUUGAAAUCCCUCAAUUUCAGUAAAACUGGGUUGAAUUUUCUCUUUAUGACAUGAUUUUUGUUUAUCUUGAUUUUCCAAUUAUUGGGAGAAUUUUGAGUGCUAUUACUUGAUUUUGUAUAUAGUGCUUGGAGUUUUGUUGGAUCUUACAGGGCCAGUUCUCCUGUUUAGGUUGUACUUUCUACGCUGCAGAUUUUCAAUUCAAUUUAUUUAUUUAUUCA